CUUCCCGUUGGGGAGAGAGUGUAAUAUGGCGAAGACCUACGAUUACCUCUUCAAGCUGCUGCUGAUCGGGGACUCGGGGGUGGGGAAGACCUGUGUCCUGUUCCGCUUCUCCGAGGACGCCUUCAACUCCACCUUCAUCUCCACCAUAGGAAUUGACUUUAAAAUUAGGACCAUAGAGCUCGAUGGCAAGAGAAUUAAACUGCAGAUAUGGGACACAGCUGGUCAGGAGCGAUUUCGGACCAUCACAACAGCCUACUACAGGGGCGCAAUGGGCAUCAUGCUGGUCUACGACAUCACCAACGAGAAGUCCUUCGACAACAUCCGGAACUGGAUUCGGAACAUUGAGGAGCACGCCUCUGCAGACGUCGAAAAGAUGAUCCUCGGCAACAAGUGCGAUGUGAACAACAAGAGACAAGUUUCCAAGGAACGGGGAGAAAAGUUGGCCCUGGACUAUGGAAUCAAGUUCAUGGAGACCAGCGCCAAGGCCAACAUCAACGUGGAGAACGCAUUUUUCACUCUCGCCAGAGACAUCAAAGCAAAAAUGGACAAAAAAUUGGAAGGCAACAGCCCCCAGGGGAGCAACCAGGGAGUCAAAAUCACACCAGACCAGCAGAAGAGGAGCAGCUUUUUCCGAUGUGUUCUUCUGUGAGGAACGCUGCCUUAUUCUGAGCCCCGCUCACCGAGCUGACUGUGCCUGUCCUGAGUGAGCCCCUCACUCAGCCAGGGCCCUCCCGCUGCGAUGCCCCCUGCCGUGCUGCGGUCACCGGGCCCCACGGCCACCAGAACACAAUUGAGAAAUUGUUUAUUUUAGUAACUGUCUGAUCUUUUUCAACUCUGGAGAUGGAGUAAGUUAAGAAUUUGCUAUUUUUCCUGCAACGUCCACUGAACGGGCCCAUGCAUCGUGUAACUAGAGAGAGAUUGAGUCAAGGCGUGACUGCCAGCAGCAGCCAGCGUAGCAGCCUCCGUCGCUGGGCCUGGACACAGCGAACCCCCACCGGAAAGCCCAUCCAUGUCCCCCGCCACAGAAGCGAGGCCCCCAGAGGCCAGCGAUGGUUCCGGGAGUGCCGGGCUCUGCACCCUGUGCCGGGCGACUCACAUCAGGCCCAGGAAGCAUCUGCCCAGCAGGCCAAACGCCCGCUUCACCUCUUCUUUCAGUUUUGGACAAGUGACAAAAACCGUUAUUUUUUUUCCCUCUCUCUUUCCUUUUUAAGUGUCAAACCAAAGGGAAGCACAAAUUAAGGAAAUUCUGAGGAAAGAAGCACAGGGUCGUUUUUCCUGUUCACCGCCAGGUUUUGGUCUGUAGUCCAGCCAGGCCUCGGGCAUGGUCAGCAGGCCUCUCGACAGUCCCCAUCUGAGCACCGAGAGGACACCGUACACGCCACAGGUGACCCCGAAAACGCAACCACACACGGUCCACCUGCAAUUGGGGCACCUGCCUCUCAGACCCCAGAUACCCCCCUGCUCUUCGUCCCCCCACCCUCUCCAAAUCGGACGUUCUUUCUAGCUAAGAUUUUUAUUUUUUCAGAUCCGUAGUGCCGUGAAGUGAUUCCGUCUUUGCUUUCUAAUGGCAGACCCAGGUGGUCGGGAACGUGUGCACACCGUGGCUGGACAUGACUGAGAGCGUGAGGCAGCGCCUGGCAUGGGCCAAGGCGCAGGGUGGCCCACGCGACAGACUGACCGCAAAGCUGUCUGGGUUAGUUUUUAACUGCCGUCACCCGGUUCUGUUUUGACAGCUCUGCCUUCCCAUAGAGACUGUGCUGUUGGGACCAACCAGGUAACCAGUUUGGAGGGGUGUCACCAGGGAGCCUUUAUGUUUCUUUCUCUUCCCUCUACCCCCAAGCUGCUGUCAAUCCAGGCCGUUGGCAUCAUAGUUUCUUCUUUUUGGAAUUAAAACCAACAUACCAGCCAUAGUCUGCUCUUCCUGGGAUCUCUUAACAUGCUCUGUUUACAUCAAUAAAUGCACUUGAGGAAAACAAAUUAAAGCUCGUUUGAAAGUU